AUGGCAACAAGUGUUGGCCGCAUCUGCAAGGUCCAGGCCAUGUUCGGUUCCAGUGCUAAGAUCGUGAAGUUCAAUGGCGAGAAGCCAGAUGAGUUUGAGUCCAGCAUCUCCCAGGCCCUCCUGAAGCUGGAGAUGAACUUGGACUGCAAGGCCCAGCUGCGGGAGCUGAACAUCAUGGCCGCCAAGGAAAUUGAAGUUGGCGGUGGCUGGAAAGUUAUCAUCAUCUUUGUUCCCAUUCCACAACUGAAGUCUUUCCAGAAAAUCCAGGUGCAGCUUGUGUGUGAGCUGGAGAAGAAGUUCAGUAGAAAGCAGGUCGUCUUCAUCACUCAGAGGAGAAUUCUGCCUAAGCCAACUCGAAUAAGCCUUAUGAAAAAUAAGCAAAAACAUCCCAGGAGCCGCACUCUGGUCACUGUGCAUGACAACAUCCUGGAGGACUUGGUUUUCCCAAGUGAGAUUGUGAGCAAGAGAAUCUGCAAGAAGUUAGACAGCAGCCUACUCAUAAAGGUCCAUUUGGAUAAAGCACAGCAGAACAACACGGAACGCACGGUUGAAACAUUUUCUGGUGUCUAUAAGAAGCUCACGGGCAAGGAUGUUAAUUUUGAAUUCACAGAGUUUCAGUUGUAA